AUGAAUUCAGCUGCUGCCAUGGAGUUCCCAAAUCAAUCAAGGGAGAUCUCUGGAUUCUCUCCUGGAAGAAAAUUGGGUAGGGGAAAGAUCGAGAUCAAGAGGAUCGAAAACACGACGAAUCGUCAGGUCACCUUCUGUAAGCGCCGCAAUGGAUUGCUCAAGAAGGCCUAUGAAUUAUCUGUUCUCUGUGAUGCUGAAGUUGCUCUUAUUGUCUUCUCUACUCGUGGUCGACUUUACGAGUAUUCCAACAACAGGUAUACUCAUAAUCUCUCUAGAUCUUAA